UAUUCACAGGGCGGGUCCCCUGCUGUCAGCACCUGUCUGGUCUCACUGAUUCCCUCUCGGUGCUGUGAACUGUGGACUGAGCAGAGCCUGGCCCUCCUCUUCCUCCCCCUCUCUUCUUUUUGUUUGGUCUCCUGGCCUUUCUCUUCUCUCUGGAGAGCUAGGGCCCAUUCUCCAUUCGCGGGGAGAGAGUGCCCUCUAGUGCCUGGGAGGGUGAAGGCUGAGGAGGAGGGCAGGGCCAGAGGCCAGCCUGAAAGGAGGCCCUGCCAGCCAAUGAGGGGUGAGCCGGCUGCAGCCUGACCUGUGGAGCUGGGAGAGCAAGGGACCCACAGGUAUUUCUAAGGCCGUGAUCCAUACUCUCCCUGCUGGUGACCUAAGACCACAUGAGGAUGCUGCUAUGGUUUCUUGUCUUGUCUGCUUUGGAUCUCGCGGCCUGGGGUGUGCCCACCAUUGUCUCCCGCAAGGAGUGGGGAGCGAGAUCCCUGACCUGCAGGGCCCAGCUGACCCGGCCUGUGGCCUAUGUCAUCACGGACCAGAUCACGGGGAUGGAAUGCGAGGAGCAGAACGCGUGCAGUCAAAAGCUGAGGGGCCUGCAGUCCCGUUCCGUCUACACCAAAGGCUGGUGUGAUGUGGCCUACAACUUCCUGGUUGGGAAUGAUGGCAGGGUGUAUGAAGGUGUUGGCUGGAACAUCCAAGGCAUGCACACCCAGGGCUAUAACAACAUCUCCCUGGGCCUCGCAUUCUUUGGGAAUAAUCUAGGCAGCAGUCCAAGCCCCACUGCCUUAUCAGCCGCAGAGGACCUGAUCUUCUAUGCCAUAAAGAAGGGUCACCUAUCACCCAGGUAUAUUCAGCCACUUCUCUUGAAAGCAGAGAGCUGCCUGGUCCCUCAUCAGCCACUGAUGCCCAGGAAAGCUUGCCCCAACAUCAUCACAAGGUCAGCUUGGGAAGCCAGACAGACACACUGCCCUACAAUGAGCCUCCCAGCCAAAUAUGUUGUCAUCAUCCACACUGCUGGGGCAACCUGCAACGUAUCCAUGGACUGCCGGAUCCGUGUCCGAGAUAUACAAUCUUAUCACAUGGACACACAGAACUUCUGUGACAUCGGAUAUCACUUCCUGGUGGGCCAGGAUGGUGGUGUGUAUGAAGGAGUUGGCUGGCAUACCCAAGGCUCUCACACAUACGGAUACAACGAUAUUGGCCUAGGAAUUGCCUUCAUAGGCAACUUUGUAGAAAAACCACCGAAUGCCGCAGCGCUGGAGGCAGCUCAGAACCUGAUCCAGUGUUCCGUGGUCAAGGGGCAUCUGGUCCCCAACUACCUGCUGGUGGGGCACAGCGAUGUGACCAACAUUCUGUCUCCUGGGCGGGCUCUGUACAACAUCAUUAAGACUUGGCCUCACUUCAGACAAUAAGGGAACCCAAAUUCCUUCCAAUACCACCCCCUCCCGAACCGUGGCUCCUGAGUCUCCCCUUCUUCACCUUCCAUCCUGGCUCAACACCUGUGUCCCCUCCCUGCCAGCCCCAUCCUGUUUCUUCAGCUUCAGGUUGGUAUGAUCAUUUCCUAACUAGUGUGAUCAGUUCCAUACGAUCAAACCCCACAGUGGGGCAUUCCAGCCCUCUGAGUCUGCACCCAGCCUCCUUCCCUCCUCACCUUCCUCUCCCCAGCACCCACCUCCUCACCCAGGUGAGCCUCCUUGUCCCUUUGUACACACCCCUCUCCUGGUGUGCCUUCCCCUGCCAUUGUUGUAGCCAUGCACUCCGGGAAACAGACUUACUCAGAAUGACAGUGCAGAUAGUGGAGUGCAGUUUAUUACACUGGCGGGCCCAAGGCAGAGUCUCCUCUUAGCCAAGGACUCUGACCGACUUUGGUGAAAACCUUAUAUACCUUAAGUGUACUGCUCAAACCCACAAUCCCAAGUUCCUUAAACCUAGCCUGGAAAGUCUUAAAGGGAGAUACAAUCAGGUUACAGCCAUGAUUCACAAUCAGAAGGGUCAGCUGGUUAUGCAUUGUAGCCUACACCAAUGAGUGCCAUAAAGAUUACAAAGGUGAUUGACUACAUAGGGGAUUAAUACAUUCUUUUUGGUGAUGGGAAAUCUUGGUAUGGAAUCUGGUGUUUAUCAGUCCAGGAGGCCAGUUCGGCCAUAGGUAUAUUAUCCCCAUGGCUACCAGGCACAUAGUCCAAAGCUCACUGAAAAUGCAAGAUGGAGUUUCCUUCUUUUUCAAGAUGGAGUCAGCUUGGCCUGUUCCUUUCCUCGCUCACCAUCUGCCUGGCAGCUCCCAGCCUCACACGUGACCCAGGUCAACAACCCAGCCCCUCCUCUCUGUUCACACACUACCUUAUCCAUAUUUGUAUGCAGCCCUUAUUUCAGGGCAGUGAUUAUUUAUAGAAAUUCUCUCCACUGGGUUGUGAGUUUGUCCAUUUUCAUUCAUGUCUGUGUCCUCAGUUCUUCAGCAGUGUCUGGAAUACAGAAAAGUGAAAGUGAAAGUCACUCAGUCGUGUCCCGCAAUUUGUGUCCCCAUGAACUAUACAGUUCAUGGAAUUCUCCAGGCCAGAAUAUUGGAGUGAGUAGCCUUUUCCUUCU